UGAGGAAGGGGAGGGAAGGAAUAGAGAAAAUAGAAUAAAGGAGACAGAGAGAUUACAAACCACAUAGGGAAAUAGAAAAGAGUAGACAGGGCAGGUCAGGGUGAAAGAGAGGAGAGUCCUGCCUGCUGAGGACAAGGCCAUGUGUCCCAGCCAACAAUGGGGGCUGGGCCCAAGGGGCCGUCCAUCUUGUCAGUGACUACAAGGACAGAUCUUCUGCAACAUGAGAAAAGAAGAAGUCAGAUCAUUAAAGGAAGUUGCUGGUCACAAGGAGGUUGAGAUUUGGAGAGCUGUCUCCACUCAGUCCUCCACUUAAGCAGGCCUGGGAUCUGUCUCACUUUACCCUGAUUCUCUCUGGACUCCUGAGCACCCCAGUGUUGCCUCACAAGGCAUCCUCUCCUACCUGUAGGCUUUGGUGGUCUGAUGACUUGGAGGGACUCUGGCCAUGGCUCAGAUGCUGCUUCUUCUGCUGUCAGCAGCUUGUCUGCACACUGGGAACUCUUCAGGAACCAGCAGAGAAAAUGACUAUGCGGUCAACCAACCAGCAAACCUCUCUGGGGUCCAGGGCGGAUCCAUCGAGAUCCCCUUCUCCUUCUACUUCCCCUGGGAGUUGGCCAAGGACCCAAAGAUGAGCAUCGCCUGGAGAUGGAAGCACUACCAUGGGGAAUCCAUCUACAACUCCACCCUGCCUUUCAUACAUGAGCACUUCAAGGACCGGCUCAUCCUGAACUGGACACAGGGUCAGACAUCCGGAGUCCUCAGAAUCCUGAACUUAAAGGAAACUGACCAGACCACAUACUUCUGCCGUGUUUUUCUGCUAACAACAGAAGGCAUAAAGGUUUGGCAGUCUAUUCCUGGGACCCAACUCAAUGUGACACAUGAACUCAGCACCACCAUGAGGAGCCCCUCCACCAUCACCUCUGCAGUCACCACAGCUGGCCUGGAGGACACAGGGGACCAGGGGAAUCCUUCCCUGCUCAACCUGGGAGCCAUGGUCGCAAUGGUCGUAGUCAAGGCUGUGGUCAUAAUCCCACUCUACGGACUGAUGAUCUUCCUGUGGUGGAGGCAAAGGCCAGCAGACUAAAGCCCAAACCCCAGCCAGUUUCCUUGUGAGACAUUGUCUGUUUGUCCCCACUAACAGACCUCCAGGUGCCAGGACCUCUCACCAGGGAGGUGAGUUUACAUCACAGUACUGAUUGAUGGCCACCCAUGAGCAUGGACUGCCCUCCCUGCCUCCUGCAGUCAGUCAGAGCUCAUGGAUGCAGGAUUGUGUGUGACUCAGCCUAAGGAGCCAUGUGGGCUCUGGUGUCUUCUCCUCGAAUCCCAGCUCAUCCUGAUUGUCUCUGGUGCUGAGAGCCUGACUGUGCUGUUCUCUGUCUGCUCAUGGAGUUACUAACAUGUUGAUUAAAGGUCUUACUACCAGUGAGCCCCUGCCCCUUAUCCCACAUGACACCUCUUAGAGAGUUGCACAUUGUGUCCAGGAUGCAGGUCACAGGGAAAAAUGCAAAGACCAUGGUCCACAAUGAUAACCACUGCCUGAGAAUCAGGGUUCCCCUCUCUCUUACUCCCUGGACCCUACCAUCUCAUUCACAACCCUGGCCAAUCCAUGCACCACAUCCAGGGACAGACCACUGCUUGCUUAAGUCCCAUAUUGGGCUUCUUUUCUUCACAAGUCAAACUAUAUGCACUCACUUUCUGCCAUGUUGAUAUUCUGACCUCUUGGGUCUUUCCUAGGACAAGACUUCCACCCCAUGUCCAGUCUGUCUUAACAUUUGAUAGUCAUUUGGUCAGCGCUUGACAAAAAGCCUGGCGGGGGAGAGGGUGCAGGGAGGAUCACAGAAAACCACCUAGACUGAUCAAGAAAGAUAGAAACGAGGCUUCUGAUGUAGCAAGAAGAGGUGCAUGACCAUACUUGAUAGAGAUCUACCAACCACAGUGAUCCAUAGCUGCAGUGGCACACAGAUGCAGCUCCAGUCCACCAAUCACAAGCCUCAGAUGAGUGCCAUUCAUGGGCCUUUGCUGGGUCAUUGCGAAAAUGAUCUCCAAUCCCAUGAGACCAGCUGCUGAUACCUAGGGUCAUGAAGAGAUCACCAAAGCUUCUUGUGGUAAAGUGAGGUGUCCUGGAGCAACUAUGAGAUGUCUGCUGUGGUUGUGACUGCAUCCAAGACUCCUGAGGCUGAUCUCAGCAGGUCUGGGGGCGGGGCACAGUGACCUUGGGAGCUGGGGUAGGGUUUCCUCUGAGCAUCCCUGAAGUGUUCACAUAGCAGGAUGCUAUGAUGGCGGUCUGUCCAGUCAUUUAACAAGUCCAUUUGUCAGAGCCAUGGCAUAGGCAUCUGCCCACAGAGAAGGGGCCUUAAUGCAGUCGCUCAAAUAGUCAUAUGAAUCCCCAGGCUCUUUCCCAUUGUCCAAAAGGGACAAACACAGAGAUGUCCACAGCAAAGAUUUUUUUUAAUUUAUUGAUAUAUUUAUUUACAUUUCAAAUGAUUUCCCCUUUUCUGGACCUCCACUCCCUGAAAGUCCCAUAAGCCCCCUUCCCUCCCCAUUUUCCCACCCAACCCUUCCUACUUCCCUGUUCUGGUUUUGCCCUAUACUGCUUCACUGAGUCUUUCCAGAACCCGGGGCCACUCCUCCAUUCUUCUUGUACCUCAUUUGAUGUGUGGAUUAUGUUUUGGCUAUUCCAGUUUUCUAGGUUAACACCCACUUAUUAGUGAGUGCAUACCAUGAUUCAUCUUUUGAGUCUGGGUUACCUCACUUAGUAUGAUGUUCUCCAGCUCCAUCCAUUUGCCUAAGAAUUUCAUGAAUUCAUUGUUUCUAAUGGCUGAAUAGUACUCCAUUGUGUAGAUAUACCACAUUUUUUGCAUCCACUCUUCUGUUGAGGGAUAUCUGGGCUCUUUCCAGCUUCUGGCAAUUAUAAAUAGGGCUGCUAUGAACAGAGUGGAACAUAUAUCCUUAUUACAUGGUGGGGAAUCCUCUGGGUAUAUGCCCAGGAGUGGUAUAGCAGGAUCUUCUGGAGGUGAGGUGCCCAGUUUUCGGAGGAACCGCCAGACUGAUUUCCAGAGUGGUUGUACCAAUUUGCAACCCCACCAGCAGUGGAGGAGUGUUCCUCUUUCUCCACAUCCUCGCCAACAUCUGCUGUCUCCUGAAUUUGUAAUCUUAGCCAGUCUGGUGUAAGGUGAAAUUUCAGGGUUGUUUUGAUUUGCAUUUCCCUAAUGACUAAUGAAAUUGAGCAUUUUUUAAGAUGCUUCUCAGCCAUCCGAAGUUCUUCAGGUGAAAAUUCUUUGUUUAACUCUGUACUCCAUUUUUCAUUGGGUUAUUUGGUUUUCUGGAGUCUAACUUCUUGAGUUCUUUAUAUAUAUUGGAUAUUAGCUCUCUAUCUGAUGUAGGGUUGGUGAAGAUCUUUUCCCAAUUUGUUGGUUGCCGAUUUGCCCUUUUGAUGGUGUCCUUUGCUUUACAGAAACUUUGUAAUUUUAUGAGGUCCCAUUUGUCAAUUCUUGAUCUUAGAGCAUAAGCUACUGGUGUUCUGUUCAGGAACUUUCCCCCUGUACCGAUGUCCUCAAGGGUCUUCCCCAGUUUCUUUUCUAUUAGCUUCAGAGUGUCUGGAUUUAUGUGGAGGUCCUUGAUCCAUUUGGAGUUGAGCUUAGUACAAGGAGACAAGGAUGGAUCAAUUCCCAUUCUUCUCACAGCAAAGAUUUACACAGAGCCAACAUUCUUAACAUCACAUAGGUGCUUAAUCCCGGUUGAAUACAUUUGGAGAGACUGGAUCUCUGAACUGCCACAAGUGAACAUUAUGGUCCAACUGCGGAGCAGACAGUGGCUUCUCACCUGGCUGCCAGUGUUUGCAAUGUAUGUUUCCUCAACUGAGCUGGUAAUAAAAAGUACCAAAGAAAAUAGGGCAUGAUAACAUGCCUGUCAUCCAGCUAUUGACAGAUAGUGACAGGAAAAUUAACAGUUGGAGCACUGCUUCUCAACCUCUUUGAGGUCACCACCUCUUUGAGGAUAGAACUCCCCUUAAAUAGGAGUAGCAUUUCAGAUAUCCUGCCUAUCAGAUGUUUAUACUGUGAUCAUUAACAGUAGAUAAAUCACAGUUAUGAAAUAGCAAUAAAAUAAUUUUGUGAUUGGAGUCACCCCCAUAGAAAAGGUUUUCACAGCAAAAAGAAGGCUGCAAAUCUAUGAAUUGGAGGCUACUCUUAGCACCUCUUUGAGGCCAGCCAGGGUCACAUGAAACUUUGUCUUGAAACCAACAGCAAAGCUAAUCAAAACUCAAAUGAACAGAGAGGUCUAGAGAAAGGUCAUCUGUUAGUUCCCUCUUAACUGGAGGUGGAGACCCUGAUGAUGAUACCAGUUAUCUCUCCAGAUUUACAUAAACAAAGUAUGUGACUAUCAAUAUCUUGAUAGUUUUUUGUUGUUUGUUUUGUUUUCUUAGUGUUUUGAUAAUGGGGUUGAAAGGACAGAAAAUAAUACAGCCUAACUCUAAUGACCCCAAGAAGUAAGGAGCUUAAAAUGCUAUCUCGCUUUGUUAGAAACUAGAUAAAAGGUCACAUUCCAGAGCCCGCCCUUUGUUUAGAGCUAGUAGAAAGGCCUUGAAUAGGAGAUCCUAGCCCCAAAAGGUAACUGGAAAUGGGCUAAGCUUAUCUUGCUUCUGUAAACUGCUUACACCAUUACCCCUAAGCAGGAGUUCACGCAGCUAUAGACAUUUAAAAAAGUAGGAAACUAAAUUGGUCCACUGAGCACGAGCUGAUAAUUUAAACUGAUUGGUCUGUGAUUCGCGGGCUUUGUUGUAAGCUUAUAAAAGCUGUCAUGAUUGGCUCGCAUUUCACGGGCUCUCCAUGCUAAGAAGUGAUUGGUUUGUGAUUUGCAGUCGUAAACUUAUGAAAGCUGUCGUGAUUGGCUCACAUUUUGCGGGCUCUCCAUGGGAAGAAGUGAGUUGGUUUGUGAUUCUCGGGCUCUGUUGUAAACUUAUAAAAGCUGUCACAAUUUGGCACUCGGGGUCCAUGGUCCUCUAACCCUGCGUGGUGUAUGGCUACGGAACCCAGAAUUCUGAAAUAAAGAAAUCCUCAUUCUAUUGCAUCGA